AUGGCCCCGAAAGUACCAAUCCGUAUCAUUGUAGCCAUGACUGGAGCUACCGGCGCAGCCCUUGGCGUUAAACUCCUCCAAACGUUACGACGUAUGGACAUCGAAACCCAUUUGAUCAUCAGCAAAUGGGCUGCAUCCAAUCUGACAUACGAAACCGACUACACCGUCAAAGAAGUCAAGGCUCUUGCAACGAAGUCUUAUUCUUCCUCCGACGUCUCAGCCCCGAUCUCAAGUGGUUCUUUCCGCACCAGAGGCAUGAUAAUUGUUCCCUGUAGCAUGAAAACCUUGAGUGCGGUGGCUACAGGAUUUGGCGAAGAUCUAAUUACGCGAGCCGCCGACGUUAUUUUGAAGGAACGAAGAAAACUCGUGGUCGUUGCGCGGGAGACGCCUCUGAAUGGUAUUCAUUUACAGAACAUGACUACCAUUCACAACAAUGGUGGCAUCAAUUUUCCGCCUGUGCCUGCAUUUUACACACGACCUCAGUCUGUAGAUGAUAUUGUAACUCAGAGCGUUGGCAGAAUGCUUGACAUGUUUGAUCUUGACGCAGGAGACUUUGAAAGAUGGUCAGGUCUAUAA